AUGAUUUUAGAAGAAUUAGUAGGAGCUGUGGUGUCACUAGGCAGCUUAUUAAUCUCACAACCACCACAAAUAUCGCGCGAAAACAAACCAACAUAUAGCUGCCUUAAGCAAUGCUCGGAAGAUGACGAAGAUUACGAAGGUACUGUUUUACACCGCGAGUAUGCACCAGAAGAACCACAAUCACCGGCGUCUUACAAUGAUCCAGACACAACUGCUGAAUAUCGCACGAGGCGCAGCGUCGGGGAAUCAUUACGGAGAACUAUUCAAGUAAACUUAAGCUUACUACCCGCCAUAGUUUUGCUGGGUGUUGUCACAAUUGCUCUCGUUUAUUAUUUUGAUAUUUAUUCUUCCUUUAGAUUACCCGACAACGUACUAUUUCUAUUUACAAUACUGCUGAGUGUUUUUCUGGCUGCACGUAAAUUCAAAAAAAUUAAUCCCGCAUCGAAAAACUCAGUCUGGCGAAUAUUUUUCUGCCUAUCGUUCAGUUACCUGGGGGCCACCGCAAUCGCCUAUAUCUACACCUACGUCAUCGUUGAGCGUUUCAUAAAAACACAAAACACAAUAAAAGCGAUGAUUGCAGCUCUUACACCAGGAAUGAUGUUAUUACCAACUGCCAUCGCAAAGUACAUCAUUCUGCGAAGAAGUUCAGAGUUUAUUCCAACCGACAAAGCUUUUGUGACGUGUUACUAUCUUCGUAGUGGGGCAAUCAGUCUUUACCGUACAAUGCAAUCAGAUUUUCAAAAUAUCUGGCUUUUUACUGGCCUCUCCUUGCUACACGGUGUUUCAAAUGUUCUGAGUAAAGCAACAUUGAACCUUCGUAUCAAAAUGUGGAAAUGUUUUUUAUUUUGCGUCAACAAGACUCGUUGGGGAAGCGCCUUGAAAGUGUUGGAUUACGACACUCCGCGUACACGUCGCCUGGACGCCGACCUCGAAAUCGAAAAUAUUUUGUUCGAGUACACCACAGUUGUACUAGGCCAAGCAUAUUUGGUUAUGUAUCUUCUCACCAAUUUUGAGGUCGUUCAUCCGUGGAAAAUCAUCAAAAGCUCUUUAUUCAGAAUUGGCCUUAGUACAGUCAUAGACUUCUUUUUUAACAUUAUAUCCGUGUUCAUUCAAAUUCAUUUCUAUGAUAUUCCCAUGCGAAGGGUGUGGUCAAAACACUGGGGACGUCACGUGAUUGCAAAUACUCUCAUUAUUAUCUGUUUGGUGUCUUACUUCGGUGCUGCGCUGGUCAGUGUGUUCCAGGCGCGCGACGAGAAGCAAUCGGAGUACAGAUUAAGAAAUUGUACAUCGUUUUUUUGA